AUGCAGCCUAACACCAGUACACCAUUCGAAGCUACUUCUACUACGUCCUCACCAGCAGUAGCUUCGCGUUCUUCGCAAUCGCCCUCAAAUUCCUCAGUGGACCGAUUAAGCCUCCCCCCUGAAUUGACCGACUACAUCCUCGAUUACUUCCACGACGACAAACACACGCUGUUUACCUGCAGUCUCGUCUCGCGGUCCUUCAACGCGACGUGUAGGUAUCACGUGUUUAGUAAAGGAAUUGAGAUCUCGAGCACGCCAGAAGUGCGGAAGAGAAAGGUCGUUGAGGGCAUUGAGGGUGUCGAGGACGAUAUUGAGCAUGCUAGGAAGAAAGGAAAAGAAAAUCAAGAUCUAAGAACCGAGGUGGGAUUAACAACACAUACUUACAUUAAUCCCGCUUCGAGCGCAGCUUCAUUUGUACGUAUCGUACUUGCUCCGUCAUCGACGGUCGCGCCAUUCUUGCAGGAGCUCUGCUUGGUUUUGCGGCCUUCCUUCUCCCUAUACUCUGUCCCACCAAAAUCGGCUGUACCCGCAAACGCAUGGCUGGACGAAUUACUAGCCCUACUUCCUGCAACCACAGUUUCUUCAAGUUCGCCUUUUCUACCUCCUUAUCCUCUUACUCAUGCUGAUUCAUUCCCCCCAGCAGGAACAAGUCAAGCACAUCGCCGAAACCCCUUCCACAUACGCACUCUCCGUAUCUUUCGACACGGAGUCGACCUUUCUCCUUUCUCCCGUCUGGCUUUACAUCAAAACUUCGCACAUACGGUGAGGACGCUGGCAUUGUUCGAAACGACAUUGCAGGGGAGGAGUCUACAGAGGGAUAUGGAGUGGGUGUGUGGCUUUGGAAAGUUAGAGGACCUAUUGUUUUAUGGACAUCAUCGCGGGGAGAAAAGGGGAAGGAGAGCGGCAUUUAUGGAAAGAGGUGAAGGAGAAGGGUUAAUCAGGGACAUAGAGGAGCCUGCUACAACAGAGGAAGAAUCUCCGUGGGGAUGGGGUCAUUCGGAGGGAGGGCGUAUAUUUGACUUGAACGAAGCUCCGGAAGUGAUGGACGCACGAGGGAGAGCAAAGAUAAGACUUCCUUUAAGCAUACGCAGGCUCCGAUUAGAUCUACCAGGGCCAGCUUUGGAAGCUGUCAUGAGGUGGUUGUUGGCCCACGGGUCUUCCGGGUCCACUGAAGUCAAGUCGAAAUCUCAUUCUGACAGGUCGAAAGAAGAAAUUGAGGCACAAAGGGAGGGCGGAUCUCAAGGAAGUAUUGAAGGAGUUCCCUGUGUUUCCACACUCCACAUCUUCCGCGUGAUGGACGACGAGAUGCCAGCAUUGAGAGCAUACCUCUGCGCAUGUAAAGACACACUCGAAGACUUGAUGAUGUUCUUAUAUCAAGGACAUACGAAGCGAGAUGACUUUGACCUUUCUUCGCACACUGCACUGCGAUCAGUCUACUUGGCGUCGAACGGGUCCAAGCCAAUGAGGGUAUUGCAUGAUAUCCUCUCUACGCUCCAAGCCCUGCCGACAUCCCAAAUGCGCAAAAUCUAUCUGCAAAUUCCCCAAUGGCAACUCGCAUCAGACGACGAUGCAUGGGGUACCCUAGAUGGCCUGUUGAAGGGCUUGUUGGAAUCCUCUGGCAAAGAAUUGAAAGUCUCUGCGAUCGUGGACGGGCGUCAUAAGUAUGAUAAUAGCAACGAAAACGAGGAGGAUGUUACUUUUGGGCUGAGAUGUAAGCUGAGGGAGAGGUUGCCUUUAUUAACGUCAUUCAUGUCCCCCAUUGGAUCUGCGAGGAGUCUGGAUAAAGCUAGGAAUGAGAAGCAAGAUAACUCAAGGUUUACCAUACUAAGCAACAGCACGAGAGAAAUGGCGCAGUAUGUUGAUGAGGUUUUCGGACGGAUGAGGGUGAGCUUGACCCGUCGAUGA